AUGGAUUUUAUCAAUAGAAUUGCAAUGACACUCUUCUUGAGAACUAAACCACAUAAUCAUGCGAUUCCCUUGGAUUUUAUAGUCCAGAUAAUAACUACGUAUUUAUAGAAGUAGCCUUCUCAAUUUAAGAUGUACGUCUAUUGUUAAUCAUUAGCAAGAUCUUUUCAAACUUAAUAAAACUAAACUUUCCCCAGAACUCAUAAUUUAUAAUAUCAAAAUACAUCUCAUCCUCUAUGGAAAUGCAUCAUUAUUAAAUAAUGUGUAAAAAUUACCAUUAAAACAAGAUCAAUAAAAGAUAGUUCAUAGUAUGAACAAUUAAUUCUUGAUGAGAAUUUUAACUUAAAAGUUUAAUGCAAUUUAAUGCUUCCUCAAUAUGACUGUGUAGGAGAGAUUAAGGAAAUUAAUUUAAAUAAUUAACAAUUAAUUUUGUCAUAAGUAACCUUACAAAAACCACCUUAAUAUUAAUCCAUAUAGAUAUAAAAUGUGUUAGCAACAGUUGAAAACACAAAGUAUUAUAGACUUGUUUUUAUCCAUUAAGUCAUUUUCAUUUUGAUUACAAGUUACUCAUUAUUUAAAUUCCUUUAUCAUUUCAAAGAAUAUAGUAGAAUAAAAUGGCCUUAAAUACUUAGAUGGGUCCCAUAUUUACUAAUACUCACGAUAUUCUAUAAUCUGCCGAUUCAAAUCUUUAGAUCAACUCAUUACAAUUUUGUUUAAGGAUAUACAAGUAUAAUAUAAUUAGUUGUAUAUAUUUCUUUAUUUUAUUUUUGGCUUCUCAUUUUUGAAUUUUAGUAACUUCAAAAUGUAAAGGAUGAAGAAAUUACUACUUAUAAGAAUAAAUUUAAAAUAAAUCAUUUGAUUAAAUUUUGUAUUGUUGUAUUUUACACAGUUCCACAAGCAGGUCUAAAUCUUUAUAUUUCAUAUAAGAAAUAUACAAGGAUUUAGUUCGAUGUAACAAAUGAGGUACCUUAUUAUAAUUACUAUCGAUUGUUAAAUAUGCUAACAUUAUCAAUUUACACAAUCAACUACUUGUAUCUUUUAUAUAAACAAUUUAAUUACACACAGCCAAAUACAAAUAUUGAAUAAGAUGUUAGUGUUGAGAAAUCAUACGAAAUAUUCGAUGAACAAGAACAACAAAAAGUUGCCAAGUCAUAUUUAAAAAACUAUAAACUACUUCAUAUUUUAUCAACUAUAUGCUUUGCUUCUCUACUCUAUAAUUAAUAUCUGAAUUUCUUUCAACCUAAAACCAUCACUACUCUUAAUGCACUUAACGAGUAAAGUGCAAUUAAUAUAUAUAUUUGUUUAAUCCUUUCAUUGUAUGUUCCAGCCAAAUUAUCAAACUAUAUUUUACCUAGUGAAUAGAUUCAAGAUAAUAGAAUAUAAUAAGCCGAUUAGAAUGAAGCUAUAUGA